AUGAAUGGUGACGGAGGGGUCGUCGUGGACGUCGCGGUAGAAAUGCCUCGGUCGUUCUUUCAAGAAAAGGAUUAUUUAGAUCACAGGUAUCACUUCAAGCGAGCGGUGUACCUGGACGUGUUGCAUAAAAAGUUGUCGAAGUCGUCCGAGUGGUCGUGCGAAGUGAUGGACCAGCACCGCGAUGCAAGGAAGCCGUAUAUCACGGUACACUUUGGAGAAAAGCAAAAUAAAAAAGCACUUCGUUUGUUUUUGACGAUAGACCCCGAAACUUUCGCAUCGGUUCGAUUGUUGCCUAACAGAGCAAACGUGCGAAGGCUGGCACGGGGAGACGUGCGGCCGGCGAGCCCGCAUUACAACCAGUCCAUCGCGGAAGACAUGUAUGCACGCAUGCAUGCACAGUUCUUUGCCGCAGCAUCGAAGAAAGCGAAGAGUUUGCCCGGUGCGGUGGUGCUAUUCAAGCGAUGGGCGCAGGGAAGGCGGUUGCUGGACGCAGCGGAUGGCGUCAGUGGAUUUUUCAUUUCGAUGCUCUUCGCAUACAUGCUAGAGCGAGGUGGUCAAUUGAGUAGUAGUAUGGACACUAGCCAGAUGUUUCGGGCCGCGAUUAACGCGCUCGCUAAGCCUGGCUUCUUUAAGAAGGGUUUGUACGCAAGCGGUAAACCCGCAGAAGCGGGCGAGUGGCAGCGCGCUUUCGCAAACGUUUUCCUUGGACCUUGUGGACAUGUGAAUAUUAUGGCGAGAAUGUCUGCGAGCGCGGUGCAGGAGCUAAUUCACGAGGCGAUACUUUCAGCGUCUGAGUUGAAGAGAUCUAGUCAUUCCGCGUUUAGCAACGUGUUACUUGGCCAAUGUCCCGCCGCGGUUCGGUACGAUUUGCAUAUGCACGUCGACGUGAUGGUUAAUGCAGAUGAAGGCGAAUGUGACUUGGGUGGGCGUCGUACCGCAGAAUCAGACGUAGCACGUAUUGUUACUCGCGCUUUGAGCGAUCGUGCAAAACUCGUUCGUGCGUUUGAGCCGCAAAGUUCGAGCGUCGACACCGUCGGGAGUGCAUCGUGCAAGAUAUGGGUUGGGGUAAUUUUGGAUCCUGAACACGCGUUGCGACUGGUCGACAUCGGUCCGAGUUCGGCUGAUGACAAAGAAGCUAAAGAAUUUCGCAAGUUUUGGGGCGAACGGUCCGAGCUCCGUCGCUUCAAGGAUGGACGAAUCUGUGAAUCGGUGGUGUGGGAUUUUGUUCCGCCGACGAAUCGACAUCACAUACCAGCUAUUGUCGCCGAACAAGCGCUGAAGCUCAACCUGGCAAACGUCGAUGAGAUAGAAUGGAGCUCAAAGAUGUUCGACGAGCCUCUGAGCAAGAUUGCCAGCUCGAAAGAAGGUACUUCUCCGGCGAGUUUGCUUCAGACGUUGGAUCGCUUGGCGAAACGAAUGAAGGAUUUGAAAGAAAUGCCCCUCAAAGUGAACAACGUCCAGCCUUUGAGCGGAGCAUUUCGUGGAACCGAUCCAUUUCCGCCGACGCCGCAUCCACUAGCACACGGUGCGGGCGUUGGCUUGGGAAAGAGCGAAGACGACAUUGCUGUAUGUCCCAAAACUCUUGACAUCAUGGUGUCCCUCGAGGGCAGCGGUCGAUGGCCAGAGGACCCCGACGCGAUCGCAAAGACGCGAUCGAUGAUGGCCAUACAGCUCGCAGAGUCUCUUCGAAAGAGUUACGCGAUGCCAAGUGUCAUCGCUGAAGAGGCGAUUGACAUUUUGUUUGAAGGAUACGCUUUUCGCAUUCACGUAAAUGCCUCUGCCGGUGGUCCGCACGUCAAGGCGACGGAGGGAAAACUCAUCGAGAGAGCAUCUCACGCUGGAUUGAUUGCAUCAAUUGCUGCAAGAUUUCCGAUGUAUGGCCUUUCGACGCAGCUCAUCAAUCGUUGGGUCUCGUCGCACAUGUUUUCGCCACACCUUUCUGACGAAGCGAUCGAGGCCCUCGUGGCGUUGUUGUUCGUCAACCCAGGCGCAGCUUUGCCUCCGAUGUCCCGCGAGGUGGCAUUUUUGCGCUUCUUGAAUCUAUUUGCGUCGCACAUUUGGUUCGAUCCGGUAGUAUUAGAUCCCGAAGGUAUCGUGAGCGACGCCGAGAUUGAGAGCAUCGACAGAACGGCGAAAACAGCGCCAGCAAUGUGCAUAGUCACGCCGCACGAUAGGAGCGGGAUUCGGCUCACACAAAGUGGGCCAGGCGCAGUCGUUCUGAAACGACUCGUUUCCAUCGCAGCUCGAGCGCAGUCGGAGAUGCAAGCCGUGCUCGAAGGCGUGUCGAAGCACUCUAUGUUUGAGACGGAGUGCUGGGAGCGCUUCUUCAAACCGUCUCUCAGUGGAUUCGAUGCCGCUUUUGUUCUACGUCGAACCGCGCUGCCGUUCCCAAAACAUGCGUUGUUCCCUAGCAAGCGCUUGUACAAGCGAAUGCGAGCGCAGUUCGAGAACGAAAUGAGCGUCGUAGAUGAGGACGAGGAAGAAACCUUGGCGCAAAGCAUCAAGCUCGCGAAACUUCCGCCCAAGCUUUUGAACAAAGGUCCGGACAAGGCGCGAGAGGCGUUACUCAUAGGAUUCGACCCGACCGAAUGUUUCAUUAAGGAUGCCGAAGAUCGAGUCGGUGGCACUGCGCUGAUGUUUGUGGAUAAAUACGGAGGCGACGUCGUCGGCGUCGCGUUCAAGCCAAACGCCGUCCACGCGGACGCGGCGCUUCCCGACUCUUUGUCUUGGUUACCCAACCCCGAUCCCCCCGCGCGAGAGGAUGUCAUCGAAGAAAUCGCCACCAUCGCCGGCGCCGACUUCGUGGAAAAGGUUCUCACGUGA